AUGCCGAGCGCGGUUAAGGACGACGAGAACCGAAUCGUCUUCAACUGCAACACUUGCACCGAGAUUGCCGCGGACAAGCAUGUGUUGGCGGUGUUCGGCAACAAUCUGGUUAUCCAACUGUCACGCCAGGCAGUCAACUUCAUCCUGGCCUUUGCUAUGCCGUACCGGAAGCAGGCCAAACGCUUCCAUCGUUUCGUCCGCCGCUGGGCCUGGGCCCAACUCCGACACAACAACUUCUGCGGAUACCGAGGGAGGAUUGGAAGGGAUUUCAAAUCCUCAACCGUGGGCGGGCGGGAUCGAGACAAGUUUGACAUCCCCGAGAACUUGGGGACGACAACAAUGCCGCCGGACGUCGACCGGCUGUUGCUCCUCUUCCCCAUCAUUCUCAUUGUCCUCGUCGUCCUGGCGAGGACGCUUUCGCAAAGACCAGGCCGGCAGCGGAAAAGAAGGAGAGGAGGGAGGCGGAAAAGAGGAGAGGAGGGACUGGUGGCGGCGGCGGCGGCGGCGGCGGCAGCUGCGGGGAGAGAAGAGGGAGCGGAGGGGAGCGGAGAGGAGAUAGCCCGGGACAGAGGAGAGGAGGAACUGGCGGCGGCGGGGAGAGGAUCAUUGCUAUACCAAGUUCCCUCUCCAAAGCAACGGGGACUUGCGGGUGGUCAUGGACUACAGGCCAAUCAACGGUGUGACCGUCAAAUUACAAUGGCCCAUGCACAACCAGUCGGGGUUAUUUCGUUGCAUCGCGACUGGAGAACACCGAAUCUUUUUCCAGGCCAACGGAGCACACGGUCAUUGGGGAGAGUCCCAAUGGCGAGGGGGCACAAAGACAAAACCGCCUUCAUCGCCCCAAACGACCAGUAUUGGAACCUGAGAAUGCCCCAAGGGAUGACUGGUUCAAUUUACGGCUUGUGCGCGAGGCGCUCCUUCCAACUGCAGUGCCUGCCUUAUAUGAGCAGCGAGGGCAAAGAACGGGGUAUGGUGUGUUUGAAACGUCGUGACCUGUGCGGGACAUCAUGGAUGGCAAAUCCGGGAAAUGAUAAUAUCUCGCGUCGCGCAUGUGGUGCAGAUUGUAGAUCUGUGGUAGAGAAUUCCGUGCUUGAUAACGGAUUCUCGGACUGGGAGCGGGAGAUAACGGAAGUCCACAUUCCUCACAAGUCCAGAUGCUGAAGGUUAUCUUGUCGAUGUCAGGCGAUAUAUCAUAGUUGUAGGGGACUUGGAGGGCCUGAACAACUUGAUAUGUGUAAAUGAGUGGUGGAAAUAAAGAAAAGAACAUUCAAUCGGUUAAAAAUACUCGGUCCAGACAACCAUCAUCAUCAGCAAUGUAGCUCAGGACAGCUUGAGCGACUGUCACCACAAUGUCAACAACAAAGAAAAAGGCCGGGUGUAACAAUAAAAUCACAAAUUAUUAUCUUUAGUGGGUAUCAAUGCUCCUACUCCUCAUGCUGUCUGUC